UCAUCCCCCAGCUUAUUUCUCUCUCCAAAUCACAAAGCAGCUGACAACAAGCUUUUCUUCUUCUUCUUAUCCUGUAAAACUCAAGUGAAUAGAAGAAGAAGAGAUGAAUGUAAGCAUGGCCAUGGCAGACCAUCAUCUCCUUUUCAGACCCAUUUCCACUUUUAUGCCCACCACCACUCUCCCUCCAUUCUUUUCUGUUUCUUGCAACUUCAGUUCUACUAAAGCUUUUGCAGUUCCAAGAAGGAGUGUGAUGGCAUUGAUUCUUUCCGGCUGCGUAUUCUCACAAACUAGGCCAAAUACUGCAUUCGCUCAACAAUCUGUUGAGUUUAGGGAAUUUAUAGAUACUUUUGAUGGGUAUUCUUUCAAUUAUCCUAAAAAUUGGAUACAAGUUCGUGGUGCCAAUGCUGACAUAUUCUUCAGAGACCCUUUCAUUCUUGAUGAGAACCUUUCAGUUGAGGUAUCCUCACCUUCGUCGUCUAAAUACAAAAGUGUGGAAGAUUUGGGUCCACCACAAGAAGCCGGAAAGGCGGUCCUUAGACAGUAUUUGACUGAGUUCAUGUCUACUAGACUUGGCGUGAAACGUGAAUCAAGUAUUCUCUCUACUUCUUCGAGGGUUGCUGAUGAUGGAAAGAUGUACUACCAAAUUGAGGUGAACAUAAAGUCAUUUGCUAGCAACAAUGAGUUGGCAGUUAUGCCAGAAGACAGAGUAGUUCGUAUGGAAUGGAAUAGGCGAUACCUUUCGGUUCUGGGAGUUGAGAACAACCAGUUAUACGAGUUGAGACUACAAGUGCCUGAAAAUGUAUUUGUAGAAGAAGAGAAUGAUCUUCGUAAAGUCAUGGAUUCAUUUAGGGUUAACAAGUUAUCUGCUUGAUAACUUUCAUAAUGUUUAAUUCACAUUGACUUUGUUUACUUUGGAUAUGUGUGUUUGAGGUUUUGUAUAUUUCACAUCACAAUAUCUCAAACUUAGCAGUUUUGCCUUCUGCUUUA